GACGCUGUGACGUCAUCGUGCUGCGACACCGAUUAACUGAGGGAACCUAGAACCACUGAGCCGCCGUGGGAGUGGCGGGGUCCCUGAGCACCGGAAUUGUGGCGAGCCAGAAAUACUGUCAUGACAUGGUAGAAUGUAUAUUGCUUGUUUCUCCAUAGAAUAAUUUAAAAAUGACAACACCGAACAAGACACCUCCUGGUGCUGAUCCUAAGCAGUUGGAGAGGACAGCAACAGUCAGGGAAAUUGGGUCUCAGGCUGUUUGGUCACUCUCUUCGUGCAAACCAGGGUUUGGAGUGGAUCAGUUACGAGAUGACAAUCUGGAAACCUACUGGCAAUCUGAUGGCUCUCAGCCCCAUUUAGUGAACAUCCAAUUCAGAAGGAAAACAACAGUGAAGACAUUGUGUAUUUAUGCAGACUACAAAUCUGAUGAAAGCUACACUCCAAGCAAAAUCUCAGUCAGAGUAGGAAAUAAUUUUCACAACCUUCAAGAAAUCCGGCAACUUGAAUUGGUGGAACCAAGUGGCUGGAUUCACGUUCCUUUAACUGACAAUCAUAAGAAGCCAACUCGCACAUUCAUGAUACAGAUUGCUGUUCUAGCCAAUCACCAGAAUGGAAGAGAUACCCACAUGAGACAAAUUAAAAUAUACACGCCAGUAGAAGAGAGUUCCAUUGGGAAAUUCCCUAGAUGCACAACCAUCGAUUUCAUGAUGUAUCGUUCAAUACGGUGACUUUAAAAUGGACAGAAGUGAACAGACAUUUGUUUUAGCCUAAUAUGGUGACUUUAAAAUGGACAGAAGUGAACAGACAUUUGUUUUAUCCUAUCAUUGCAUAGUAUAGCAAGUAUCUUUGGUGAAAAAGUAUAUUACUUUGCAAUUUUACAUACAUUUAAAAAUAAUUUAGAUAAAUAAAUAACUUUUAGGUCAUGUCUGUUUUUUAUAUAAUAAAGCUCAUAUAUUUUGUGUUGCUAAAAUGAAUUUGAAGCCAAUCUUUACUUUUUUUUAUAUUAAAAGAAAACUAGUUAAAUUGAAAUUUUCAAGAUGUAUAUAAUAUUUUUUUUUACCAGUUACAUUGUGGUUAUUUCAUAUAAUGGUUGUUGGAUAUUGGGAGCAAAACUCUUUUUCUAGUGUAUAUUUAAUUUUCAAUAGCAUUGAUGAAGUGGAAACUUAAAGGUCUUUGGAAAAUUAGUUGUGUCGGAUGGUGUUUUCCUGGGGCAGACACAGGUGAAAGACUAAGGAAGAGACGUGAAGGAACAUAUGGCUGAAUCAGACACAGGUAUGUUCUGCUAAAGCAAGCAUGUGAAAGGACUUGUGAUGAAGGAUUCUUCUUCGCUGAUGACAGCCAUGUAUUGGUCCGCCUUACAUUGCAUAGUUGAGCUGUAGUUGUUGGGACUCCCAACACCAAAACACUUGUGGUGGUGUGCUAUGGCUUCUUGCUGAUUCUGCGGGCUGAUUGGCAGAGAUCUGUCAGCUGAGACAGACUCAACUUGCUGAAGCAAGGCAUGUGCUGAGGCAAAGACCCCUUGGAGGACACUUGAUGAUGUUUGGAAGGAGUAUAAAUAGGACUCAACAGACAGUGACGGAGGCUGAGCUAGGCUUGCUUAUAGAGCUAGCUGUGCAAAGCUUGAGAGGCACAGGUGAGAACUUUUCCUGGUGUUCCUGUUGGCCGUGGUCCUUCCUGUUGACUUGUGCUGGGGCUGAGGCCUGGCUGUCUCUGCUAGGUAGUACCACUGCUGCUGAUUUGUGUUUGCUGUCCUGACUCUUAUCAAGCUGCUGCUGCUGACUCCUGUGAACUGAACUGCUGAUUUCCUGACAACGCAGAUGGGAAUUGCUCCAAAGAACCACAUCUUAAACAGGUCCGCUUCCCCUGUAACCUUUCCUUUCCAUUCCCUCUGGUGGGUGAGAGGCUAGAAGGAAGGUUAAAGCCUUUAAGACUCUUCAUUUUAAAAAGGUUCAAAAAAAUUAAAGUUACACAUUGAUUAAUAUUUUUAGAGGAAAUUAAAUGUUUUUAAUGUGAGUUUGUUUUUUAUGUAGUAUCAAAAUAAACUGCACUAGAUGUUUGUUAUGA